AUGGAUGCGCUGAAGGAAACAGUCGAGUCCAUCAUCCUCAACCCCGACCUCGCUCCUCUUCUGGCCAUCGUCAAAGCCGCCCGUAAUGGCGCCGUCUACGGUGCCAAAGUCCGAUUCCCUCAUGCUCUGGUCAUGGUCUUCCUGUUUCGGUCAGGCACGAUCCGAGAAAAGAUCCGGCUGGUUCUAAGGGCAACGAGACAACAUGCGCGAAACCUCGCAUUCUUCGCAACCGUGUACAAGUCGUCCAUGUUAAUAUUAAGGCUGCUGAACCCCAUCACUCCGGGAAAAGAAGGACCGUAUGACACCUUUUUCGCGGGUCUCCUGGGUGGCUAUGUUGUCUUUGGACGAGGGAAGCAGGGCAGUGUCAACCAACAAAUCGUCAUCUACGUCUUUGCUCGAGUAAUUCUCGCCCUCGCGAGGCUCAGCAUUGAACCACCAAGCGCCACGAGUGCCACUCCCACCCCGACACUCUGGACUCAAAGAUUAUCGCCGGAGCUAAAGGCAAAGAUUCAGAACAAUGCCUGGCCCGUGUUCGCCAGUUUGAGCUGGGCCUUUGUCAUGUACAUCUUCAGAUGGCAGCCCGAGAGUAUUCAGCCAAGCUUGAGGAGCAGCAUGAAGUACAUAUAUGUCAACUCGGACUAUUGGGAUAACUUCAGAAACUUCCUAAUUCACAACACUUAG